AUGGCCGGCGCAGUCACCGAAGUGCUGCCCGGAGCAGCGCCUGCUGAGCACCUCGAGGACGGGUACCUGAUCUGCUGCGCCCACGUCAAGAAGUACGUCAUCCACGGUAUCUUCGUCGGCAGCGGGUCCAACGCGCCCAAGAUGGUCGCCGAGGCCGCCGACCGCGUCCAGGAUCACAUUCGCUGGACCGCCGCCAUCUCCGACCCCAACGAACUGGCCGAAGUGCACCUCAAAGGCCUCACGGACACCGCCGCAGAGCUGGACGAGAGGUUCCUCUCGCAGGACCGGAAGGCUGCCAUGGGCAUGUUGACGGUCGCCAUCGGUGCGAGGCAGGAGGCAGUUGUUGCGCGCGCUGGCGGCAGCUGCCGCGCCUUCUUCUGCUGCUUCGCCACGCGCAGCAUCACCGAGCUGCACCCUCCGAGCGGCGCGGUGUGCUCGUCCAAGGUCUGCGAGGUCUCGAAAGCCGGGAUCCUCCUCCUGGCGUCGCCUGCGGCAUGCCAGGCGUUCGGGUCCGGACGCGAGCUCGCCGAGGCCGCGCUCGCGCGCUCCCGCGACGGCGCGGUCCCCGCGCUGGUCCUGGCGCAGUGGACCGCGCAGAAGGCUCGCGAGCAGGCUCUGGCGGCAGGCGUCGCCGCCGCGACCAGGGCGGUGCAGCGUGACCUGGGCCACCUGACGGUCCUGGCGAGCUACGUCGGCCCGGCGAACGGCACGGGCACGAUCGAGGAGCUGCGGCGCAUCGCGAAGAAGGAGCGCGUCAUGUACGGGGAGCAAGUCUACCAGGAGACUGUGGCAAAGGAUGGCGAACGGCGCAUGCGGAACCUCGAGAUGGCCCGGAAGCUCGCGCUCAACGGCGCGGGCUCGCCGACGGGCUCGCGGGGGUCCGUGCUCCCGGAGCAGCGCAGCCGCGACAGCACGAUUGAGGGCGGCAGCAUGCACGGCAGCCGGACCUCUGUCCGCGAGAGCGAGACCGGCGCUAGCUCCGUCCGCAACGUCCCGACGCGCCUGAGCGUGCAGCUGGAUCGCCAGUCGGACACAGGUGGCACGCCGCGGCGCAGGUUUGGGAGCAGCCUGGCGGACGUGGCGAAGAAGUUCAGCGAUGAGGGCGGCUCGGCGCGCGACGGCAGGCCGCCGCACGGUCGCGCCAGCGCGACGGGCGCGUCGGCGCGCGGGACGCCCGCGGGCAGGCACGUGCGCAUGAGCGACAUGGGCAGCGCACAUGGCGUCCGAAACCUGUGGCUUGACGACAACGACGACGACGACGACGACAACGACCUGGACACCGCGCCGUCCGAUGGCGACCACGAGCCCCGCAUCAUCAGCUGCAAAAGCGGGGUCAACCUACAGGACGUGAAAGCCGUCGUGUCGAAGAUCAAGGCGGUCAAGGGCGCCGCAGACACCUUCCGGGGGAGCGGCGCGAGCGCUGGCAAGCUGGCGGCUGCGAGCUCGCUGCCCGUCACGUCCGGGCCGCUCAUCAACGGGCUCAAGUCCCCCGGCGCGCGGAACGCCAACGGUCUGCAGUCCAUGGGCAGCCCUUCGAACCUGCCGACUUCGCCGGUGUCGCGCGUGGAGGCGGACAGCGAUGUUCGCGGCGCCCUACAUGGCCGGGUGAAGAAACUCGUCGCUCUCAAGCAGAAAAGGAUGAGCGAAACCGCCCAGGCGUGA